AUCAAAGACUUUCUCUCAUCCCCUUAUUAUUUCUUCAAAAGACUUUUCUCAGUAUUACUUCCUCGUUCAACAAAGAGUAGAUCUUUAUUUAUUUAUACGUACCUUAGUAGCUCCAUCUAUAAAUAGCCACCAUGAGAUAAGGAAGAUUAUAAACUAGCCCUUCAAACACAAGCAGCAGAAAUGGAGUCUAGAGUUCAUAUGUCCCUUCUCGUUGUCCUUCUCUUUGCACUUGUCUCAGGAGGCUUGUCAGCUACCUUCACGUUCAAAAACAACUGUGGGUAUACAGUCUGGCCAGGGACAUUAGCGGGAUCUAACAGUGCACAACUUUCUUCAACUGGUUUCGAAUUGGCCUCUGGAGCUUCAAAUUCCAUAGAUGCCUCUUCUGGAUGGUCCGGCAGGUUCUGGGGUCGAACAUAUUGCUCAUCUUCAACUGGAACUUUUAAAUGCGAAACCGCAGACUGUGGCUCCGGCCAAGUUGCAUGCAAUGGAGCAGGAGCGAUCCCACCAGCCUCCUUGGCUGAAUUCACUCUAGGCAGUAGUAGUUCAGACCAGGAAUACUAUGAUAUCAGCCUUGUGGACGGAUUUAACUUGCCACUCUCGGUGACUCCUCAAGGUGGAACUGGUGGCUGCCAAACGGUGGGUUGUUCAAAUAAUAUCAACUCGGUUUGCCCGUCCGAGUUGAGUGUGAAGGGGUCUGAUGGAAGUACGAUUGCUUGCAAAAGUGCCUGCGACGCAUUUGGCAGUGAUCAGUAUUGUUGCACUGGCUCCUAUAAUACGCCUCAGACUUGCCCAGCCACCAACUACUCCAAAAUCUUCAAGGACCAGUGUCCUCAAGCCUACAGUUAUGCAUAUGAUGAUCAGACAAGCACAUUUACAUGCACUGGUGCUAAUUACCUCAUCACCUUCUGCCCUUGAAAUGGAUGAUUUCAUUAAUUAGCUUGGUUCCAGAAAAUAAAUAAAUAAAUAGAUAGUAUAUGAUAGAACCAAGCAUGGACAGCAUUUAGAAUAAGAGAGAGAAGUCUAUUUCCUCCAAUAGAUUGUAAGCUUCCAUUUUAAUGAAUAAAAGAGGGUAUGUCACCACCAUAAAUACGUGAGGAAA